CUUUAAUUAAUUUUCCAUUUCUUUUUUAAAGGGAUUAAAAUUAUCUUCACGCGCCGUCUCUAGCUGGGGAAAAGUGGAGUUCACGCGCCUUUGCGUCUUCCGUUUGCCCUACUCGACUCUGUUAGAGAAGGCGAAGGAGAGAGAAAUUCUUCCGAUAAGAUUCCGUACAAUCCGAUCAACUUCCCGUCUCCUGAUCUCGCCGCGACUCGGUUAGAUCGUCUGCUCUCCGGCUUCGAUCUUGUUAAUUCUCGCUUCGAACCGUGUUGACUCAGUGACGAUUAAAACAAUGGAUCCAAUGGAUAUAGUCGGCAAAUCCAAGGAAGACGCUUCGCUUCCGAAAGCUACGAUGACUAAAAUCAUAAAGGAGAUGUUACCCCCAGACGUCCGCGUUGCUAGAGAUGCUCAAGAUCUUCUGAUUGAGUGCUGUGUAGACAUUUGCUUUGCAGAGUUUAUAAAUCUUGUUUCUUCGGAAUCUAAUGACGUUUGUAACAAAGAGGACAAACGGACGAUUGCCCCUGAACAUGUUCUCAAGGCACUACAGGUUCUGGGUUUUGGAGAAUACAUUGAGGAAGUCUAUGCUGCGUAUGAGCAACACAAGUAUGAAACCAUGCAGGACACACAGAGGAGCGUGAAAUGGAACAGUGGAGCUCAAAUGACUGAGGAGGAAGCAGCAGCUGAGCAACAACGUAUGUUUGCAGAAGCACGUGCAAGGAUGAAUGGAGGUGGUCCAGUUCCUCUGCCUGAACACCCAGAAACCGACCAGAGAAGUGUACAGAGUUAAUUGAAUCUGUAAGGGUAAUUGAAUCGAUAGGCAAAAAAAAAGCAUCCUUUUAACAUUCCUUUGUAAGUGCAAAUGCGUAUGUCCUUUGUUUAUAUGCUCUUAGUAUGAUACUAAGUUAGUGUUUUAUGAUCUAAAAACUCAGAUGUAAUUAGUAAGCAUUUCUUUGUUUUGUGUUACUUCUGUAUUGAGAAUUACAUGGUGGGUCAGGUCUACAGCAAAGCCUCCGAUUCAAUGUUGGAUUAUAUAUCCCUGAUGUUUGAAGAUUGGAUGGUUUUAGUGAUUAGUGUAAUUGUACCAUUAAUAUAACCCAAGAUUUGUAUACGUUGCAUGUAUCCUUGAUGAAGACGACGUGUAUGUCACUCAGAUACCUACAAUCGAAUAUAUACUAAAUAAUUCUCCUAGAAACUUU